AUGUUGUCUGAUAUUAUUGACUAUGACCUUCGUCUACUUUUUGUUGGCAUCAACCCUGAUCCCCAGAGCUAUGAGAUGGGAAUGCCAUACAUUGGACGUUCAAACCAUUUCUGGCCAUGUUUUCACUCCUCAGGCUUAUUGGAUAAGCGUGUGGGUCCACGCCAAAUUGGCGAUUUAUUGAAUAUCCACCGAAUUGGGUUUACGAACAUUUGUGCUCGACCAACAGUGCGUGCUUCUGAACUUAGUGUUCGAGAAAAGCAGCGUGGUGCUGUAGCCUUGCGCUGCCUGAUUGAGGAGUAUAGGCUGUCAGUUGUCUGUUUCCUAGGUGUUGAAGCAUAUACUGUUUUUGCAGGCACUACUCGUUUCCGACUCGGGCUACAAGAAGAAGUAAUCACUCGAUGGUCAAAUGCACUUGGAGGCGCUUGUUUGGCAUAUGUUAUGCCUAGUACUAGUGCCAGAGUAGUAGCGUAUCAAUUGUCCGACAAAAAAGAAUUCUUUCGAGAACUUGCUACUUAUGUUAUUGCUCAACAGCAGUUGCGACAGAACUGA